AUGAAGCAACUAAUUCGCCGUCUCUCUCGCGUCGCUGAUUCCGCUCAAUACAGUCUCCUCCGAUCCGAUUCACAGCGACCUAACCGCCGUUCCGAGUCCUUUCUCCGAUCAUCGAUGACUCGCCGCACAAAGAAGCAGGCAUCUUCUGUUCCCGAAGGACACGUACCUGUCUACGUCGGAGACGAGAUGGAGAGGUUCGUCGUUAGCGCAGAGCUACUUAACCAUCCGGUUUUCAUCGGUUUGUUAAACCGAUCUGCUCAGGAAUACGGUUACGAGCAAAAAGGAGUUCUACAUAUCCCUUGCCAUGUUCUGAUCUUCGAGCGAAUCAUGGAGUCGCUUCGUCUUGGAUUAGCGGUUCCAAGUGAUAUUCAAGAUCUAAUCGAAGACGAUACGAUUUGA